UUUUGACCGCGUAGCAAGUGAAAGUGUCACGUCAGUCGUUUAGCUGUCAAAUUUCAUAGAAGUUCACUGAUACCGUGAUACGUUUUAGGUUUACAAAAAUUAUAUCUGGUUAAAACCGGGAAGAUGGGGUCAAAAGCUGCAAUUGGACGAAAAUCUAACAAGAACCCCCCAUUUUUUAGUCACGAAUUUGUGAUCCAAAACCAUGCUGACAUUGUGUCAUGCGCUGUUAUGGUAUUUCUCGUAGGCCUUAUGGUACAGUCGACAAGCCCUGUAGCGAGUUUAUUUAUCAGUUUACAUCACAAUGUAUCUGGUGUUGAGCCAACAAGAGAUGGCCCCAAAGGUGAACCAUUCUUGUAUGAAGCUGGCUGGAAAGAUGCCUGUGCCGUCUUCUUCUACUCGUUAGUUUGCAUUGUCAUGCAUGCCAUCUUGCAAGAAUACUGUUUAGAUAAAAUAUCAAAGAAGCUGCAUUUAUCUAAAUCAAGGUUGAGUGCACUGAAUGAAUCCGGCCAACUUAUUGUGUUCCAAUUGAUAACUCUGGUCUGGGGAGCCAAUGCGAUAUAUAGAGAAGGAUUUGCCUUUAACAUUUCAUCACUAUGGGAAGGUUACCCAAAUCACCCAAUGAGCUUUUUAUUGAAACUGUGGUGGGUGAUUCAGGCUGCAUACUGCAUUCAUUUGAUCCCCGAACUGUACUUCCAACGCAUCAAGAAAGAUGAGUGGUCAGGACGCAUCCGUCAUGCCAUCACAGCUUUUGCAUUCUUAGCACUUGCAUAUGGAUUCAAAUUCCAGAGGGUGGGAGUGUGUCUGGUUGUGUUGCACUCAGCAUCGGAGUUUGUUGCUCACCUCUACCGUCUCAACUCAAUUUUGAGGGGUGAAAAUGAAGAUUACAUUGACAAAACCCUGAGCACACUCAACGGCUUCGUGUUCGUGAUCGUUCGGCUGUGCUCGCUCGUGCUUGGCGUGCUCACCUUCUACUUCGGCCUGGCCGGCGUCGCGCCGCUCGUCACGCGCGUCGCUGCACUCUUCGUCCUAGUCUCAUUCCAAGUGUACCUGAUGUUCAACUUUAUCUCGGACGUGAUUAAGCAGCGACAGGAGGCCAAGCAGCUGGCCCAGACCAAACCAAAGAAGGAGCGAAAAGACAAGCCGAAAAAAGAAAAAGUUAAGAAAGCUCAGACCGAAGAAUCCGAUUUACCGGAGGUCGAUCAGAACACAAACAAAAUUUUGAGACAGCGGCAAGCGAAUUCCACUAAGGCCAAGUAAACGCACACUAACACGCGCCCGCGCUGCGCCGCGGCGGCGUUCACACUAACGCUUUUCAAACGCAGCGACGUCGAAAGCGUUCGUGUGAAUAUUAAGUUUUACUAACAAAUCUUCCAAUUUUACUUUUAAGUUUUUUUUUAUCUUUCACGAUGUCACCGCACAAAUACUCCAUAGCAGUGAUCCGUUCGGAAAGAAUUGUUUUUGAGAUUAUGUGUAACGCCACACCGGCGAACGAAAUUAUGUGAAAUUUAUUACAAUUGAAUGUUUUCAAGUUACAAAAUGGAGUAGCACUAUUGUCAUUACGUAUAGUGGAUACAGGGUUGUAAAAAUAUCUCUUUAAAAUUGUAAAAUACGUAUAGGCUAACGUGUUGUUUAUAUGAAUAUAUUGAUAAGAAUUUUACAAUAAUAUAUUAGUUCAUUGAGAAGGUGAAAUUCCAUUUAUAAUUUUUGCAUUUCUAUAUUUGAUGUUACUACGUGAAUUCCAAGAACUCGUAUCUUAUAUUUUAUUUUUAUAUUCUUAUAUUUCUAUUACAUCCUUAACUUUACUAUAGACGAAUGAACUAUUCAUUUCAUGUGGUGCUUUUUAAAUUUAUUUCUAAAUGUUCCUACCUGUAAGGUGUAUGCAGGACAUCGUCGACUCUCUACUAUAUCUACUACACUACACGGUCGUUCGCUAGCGCUGCGUCAGUGUGAAUUAAGUGUGCUCUGCCCCUAACGUUGACUGGGCAUUUUUCACACAAAUUUUUCGUGACGCUAGCGUUCGUCCAGAGCCUACAAUAGAGACACUGUAAUCUGCCAUCAAAUAACUUUCAAUUAUAUGACUGUGUCUAAUUAGAAAUAAUUAUUAUUGAUGUUUUAACAAAAUGGGAACAUGCUCAUAAAUGUUCAUAUGAUUUCCAUAAGAUGUCAAUUUUAGGCUUGAUGUUAUUUUUAUUUCUAAAUAAAUUUUGUAACUACA